GCCGGUCAGCCAAUCGCUUUUCAACGCUAGCGGCCGGGGAGCCCAAUCGCAGCGGGGAGCGGCCGUGCCCUGAGGGGCUGCUGGGAUAUGUAGUCCUGGCAAAGGUCGCUCCGGUGGCCCUCGCGGAGGAAGACUACGCGUCCCGGCAGGCAGCGCGGCGCACGGCCGGGAUCCUGCCGGGGAAGGGGGCAGAAGGAAGGAGAAAGGAGAGCGUUCGCUUCGGGAUGCGCGCACGGCUAUGGAUUCUGAAUCAAAGAACAGUUUCAUAGGAAGCUUUCUUCAGCCGCCAGAUCGCAUGCUUCCUCCAGCCUUUGUUUAUAUAGAAUCAAAGAAGUUGGCAGCUGCUGCUGGUGACAGGCCUUCUCUCCCAAAUAACCAAGCUGUAGUGGCAGCCCUGAAAGCUCUACAAGAAAAAAUCUACCAUCUAGAGCUGGAGAAGUCACAGGCUGAAGAUAAACUGUGCAGCCUCUCCAGAGCAGCUGCUCGGUACAAGGUCUUAGAGCACAAGUCCUACGAGAAGGACACAGCACAUCAGGAGCUGAUGCAACAGAGGAAAGAUGCAAGUGUACAGUUAAAUGCAGCACAAUCCCGCUGCUCUCUGCUGGAGAAACAGCUGGAUUACAUGAGAAAAAUGGUUUCCAGUGCAGAACUGGAAAAGAAAAUGAUUUUAGAACAACAGGCUCAGCUUCAGAAAGAGGAAGAUCAGAACUGGUUGGAACUGCGUGCAAAACUUGAAAAGCUUGAAAUGCUAGAAAAAGAGUGUCUUAAGCUUACUUCUACUCAGAGAAUUGCUGAAGACAAGAUCAAACACUUAGAAGAAAAGCUGUGCAAAGAAGAGCAUCAGCUUAAGCUAAUACAAGAUAAAACUGCUCAGCUUCAAACAGGAUUUGAUAUAAACAGAAUUUUGAUGUCUUCAGUAACAUCUCAACAUGAGCCUGAAAAGGAAAAUGGGAAGAACAAAAAACCUAGGAAGAGAAAUCCUACAAUGAAGAAAACGCAGCUUUCACAAUUACAUGUAAAGGCUGGUGAACUACCUUUUGUGGCUGGGAAGUCUGUCAGCUCCAGCCAUUCUGUCAGUGCAAAUGUACAAAGCGUGUUGCACAUUAUGAAGCAUCGCAAUCCGUGUAUCUCAUCGCGAAGACAAGGAGGAGCUACAGCUGGGAUUUCAGGACACAGUGCACUUUUAAAAUCUGUCUCCUCUUGUUCCACAUCCCCCACUGCCACCAGGAGCUUUUCAGACCUUCUGUUGGCCUUGCAAGAUGAGCUGGGCCAAAUGAGCUCUGAGCAUCAAGAACUUCUGAAGCAAAUACAGGGUACUCAAGACUCCCAAGCUCAUGAAGACCUGAAACAGGAGCUGGAUUGCCUUGUAAAACAAAUGGAGAUGAAAAGAAAACAAAUAUCCAAGCUGGAAAAGCAUCAGGCUACUGUGCAGAAAUUAAAGAGAAAAACUCAGAAAUUGAAGCAAGGGGAAACUCAUGUCAAACUAAAGUGUGGUGAACAAAAGGAAGCAAAGGAGAUUGCAGUUUCUGUAAAGGAAAGUAUGUCUAAACCUUGUCCUGGGCAGAAAAGCAGAAGUUCUCUUCAGCUGCUAAAAGCUGUGAGGACACUUCAGCUAUCUCUGAAAAAAGAUUAUGUCAUCUGAGAAGAAUAGUUCUGAAGUUUGCUGUGUUGGAAAUUUUUGAAGUUGUUUGACAUCUAGUAAAUUUUUAGUUGUACCAAAUACCUUUUAAAAAUAAACUGGAUACGGUAGACAUGUACAUUCUGUACAUUCUAAACUCCAGUAGGUCAAUUUGUUCACCUUACAAUUAACUUUCAUGUAGUGUAGCUAUAACUCAACUACACUUCCUUGUAAUAAAGUGUUUUAAUGGACUAAUGAAAUGUUAUUAUUUGUUAACUUGUCAAAUAAAAUUUUAUACUUUUUUACCCUU